GGGGCUUCCCUAAUCACUCCCCACGCUGUCCGAGAGCAUAGACAAAGGCGAUGGGCAUGACAUCCGACAUCCGGGUAGAUCAUGCUUCAUUGACUGGCUAGAAUGGCGCGCCGGUCAAUUUUAUUUUCAAGCCCCAUCUCACUUUUAGCCAGACGUGAGUAGGGCAGUUGAAAACCAGCAAAUGAUGGCGAUGAUAGAGAGCAUAGAUGGGGGGACUCGAGAGAAAAGUCGACUAUGGCAUAUGGGUCCUGCGAGGCCGGCGAACUAAGAUCAUCGGAAAUAGACGAUAGCGUCGUGGACGCUGAGGCUUUUAAAGAAGAGAUGGGACCCUCGUUCGAUGAGAUCGGGUUGGUGGGCAGCAGGAUACCUUGCAUUGAGGCCCACGACCACCUUCCAUUGCCUUCCCUUCGACAUGCGCUCUCUGGCCAUCCUAACCGGCCUUGCGUCUCUCGCUGCGGUGGUUCGGACUAAAGCCUCAACGGCUCCAGCGACCAUCGACUGCAAUGGCAAGCCAUACACGAACCACGGCCUCGUCGGUGCUGGGAUCCUUGCUGGCAACCUAACCGAUAAGUACGGUGACACGCUCGGCGGCAUCGGCUCCUCGGCCGCCAUCGAGCGAGGCAGCUGGAAGAAACUCGGUCGCGACAAAUACACCGGCCGGCUCUGGGGUCUGCCCGAUCGUGGGUGGAACACCGAGGGGACGCUGAAUUUCAACCCGCGCGUGCACAAGUUCCAGGUCACCCUCGAUCUGGGCGGCACGAGGCACCGGAGGGGCGACAAGGAGACCGCGGAGCCGAACGUCCACCUCCGGUAUCUCGACACCAUCCUCCUGACGGACCCCAACGGCGAGCCGACCACCGGCCUUGACCCCGACCCAUUCGGCGUGCUCCAGUUCCCCGGAUUCCCCGACCUCCCUGCGGCCAGCUACGUCGGCGACGGCUUCGGGACCGUGACCACGGGCGACACCACCGCCCGUGUGUCCAUCGACUCAGAGGGCCUCGUGCUCAACGACGACGGCACUUUCUGGAUCUCCGACGAAUACGGCGACAUGAUAUACCGCUUCCGCGCCGACGGUCGCAUGCUCGACGCCAUCCGCCCUCCUGACGCCUUCCUCCCACGCCGCAACGCCACAGUUUCCUUCAACGCCAACUCCCCUCCCCGCUACGACUCCGAUCGCGAAAUCACCCCGGGCGACCCCCUCUCCGGCCGCAACAACAACCAGGGCCUCGAAGGCAUGACUGCCUCCCCCGACGGCAAAACGCUAUACGCCCUCACCCAAUCCGCGCUUAUCAACGACGGCGCCUCCUCCAGCACGCGCUUCAACGCCCGCCUACUCGUCUACGACCUCUCCCGCCGCACCCCCCGCCACACCGCCGAGUACGUCGUCCAGCUCCCACGCUACGCCCGCGCCGACGGCGCCUCCCGCGUCGCCGCCCAGAGCGAGAUCCACUACCUCAGCGCGACGCAGUUCCUAGUCCUGUCGCGCGACGGGGACGUCGGGCGGGGGAUGGACGCCACGGAGAGCCGGUAUCGGCAGGUGGACAUCUUCGACAUCGGGGGGGCGACGGACGUGAAAGAGGAGGCGGACUGCGCGACGUGCGCAGUGGUGGUGGAGGGGGUGUUGGAUGCGGGGAUCACGCCGGCGAGGUACUGUGAGUUUGUGGAUGUCAAUGAUAAUGCGCAGUUGGGGAGUUUUGAGUAUGAGGGGAUUCCGCUGCAUAAUGGGGGCGCGCAGGACGCGGGACUGUUGAAUGAGAAGUGGGAGUCGUUGGCGAUCGUGCCGGUGAACGGGAAGAGGAAUGGGCGAGAUUGCGAGGAUGAAGAUGACGAGUAUUUCAUGUUCAUGUUAAGUGAUAAUGACUUUAUCACGCAGCAUGGUAAGUCCUCUCGCUCUUUAUCCUCUCCUAAAACAGUACCUGGAUUUCGGCAGUUGCUAACUUUGGCGGAAUAGGCUUCAUGAAUGGUGGCAAGCUGCCAUAUGCGGACGAAUCUGGGUUUGACCUCCAGAACCAGGUACUGGUGUACAAGAUCAGCCUUCCGAAAGGCUCUAAGCCUUUGGUUGGAUAACUGGUUGUUAAUAGAAUGUGAACAUAGAGACAGAGACAAGAUAUUUAGAGGAUGGACUAGCUUACAUGACCCCAACCGUUUUGCACCUUACGUUAUUCAGACAGUAUUCUAGCCAUAAUUAAUAAAUUAUAGUUUCCUGGAAUCUGUCGUGUAGCAAUAGAAAUAUAAUUCUA